AUGUGCGCCGUGAGCACAAAUUUAGAAUUGACGACAAAAUUUGGAAUUUCUGAGGACAGAGUCUUCGGCUUCUGGGAUUGGGUUGGUGGUCGUUUCUCUGUUACCUCGGCCGUGGGUGUUCUUCCUUUGGCUAUUCAUUACGGCUUCGAUGUGGUGGAGGAGUUCUUGCGCCAACAGCAACAGCAGCAGCAGCAACAGCAGCAGCAGCAGCAGCAGCAGCAAUACCAAUAUCUUUCUCUCCGACUCCAUCUAUAA